UCUCUCUAGGGCAAGUGCCCCUCCCUUAAGCAUCUUCCACUUUCUCUCUAGGGCAAGUGCCCCUCCCUUAAGCAUCUUCCGCGUUCUCUCUAGGGCAGGUGCCCCUCCCUUAAGCAUCUUCCAUUUUCUCUCUAGGGCAUGUGCCCUAUACGUUCCAUGUCUUUCUUCUCUCUAGGGCAAAGGGCCUUUUCCCUCAAGCAUCUUCCACUUUCUCUCUCUAGGGCAGGUGCCAUCUUCUCUCUAGGACACGUGCCCCUAAGAGUCGUCCAUCUUCUCUCUCUAGGGCAAGUGCCUGUCUCAUGAACCAGGGCAAGUGGCUCUGGCUCCUUUUGAGUUCCUCCUACUUUCUCUCUCUAGGGGAAUUGCCCUAAGCUUAGCGGCAGCUUCAACCACUGUUAAUCUCCAUGGCUACCCCUCGAUUUCUUCCCCUAUGUAUACUAUAAGAGGCCUUUUGCUUUUUUAUUCGAGGGCACUUCUAUGGUUCUACGGUCAAUUUAUCCAUUUUCACACUGGGCGACCGCUAUUAAAGGCCAGCAUUUUUAAGGCAGAAGUCGUUUUAGGGGGAAUUUCUUCCUGUUUGCAAUCCCUUGAGAGCGAUCUGUGCCCUAAUUCGUGAUAUUCUGUAAUUUCUGUGGAAGGAUAUCUUUUUCUCUGGGGGAUAUUCCCUGAUUUAUUUUUUUAGGGUUUUUUGAUCCGUUUCGGUUGUGUUUAUCUAGGGCAUCGUAUGCCCUACUUUGGUUGUGAUUCUCUGUGUAUCUGCUCUGAAUUUGUUAUAUUCCAGGCACUUCUCUGGCAUCCUUGCGAUGAAUCUGCACUUUAAACGAUCUCUAGCUUUGUUUCUCUAGGGCAAAUGCCUUAAUUUUUUCUCUCUCUCCAUUGCCUGUUGUGUUUUGCUAGGAAAUCAUUUGCCCUUAUUCAGCAUGAUUCUCUAGGGCAAUUGUGGUUAGUCCUUAUCAGAAAACUGUAAAUUUCAUUCAUUUCACCUAUAUUUCUCUAGAGCCAGUGCCCUGAUUCCGUCGUAUUUUAGAUAGGGCAUUUCAUGCCGUAAUCCACUGCGAUUUUGUGAAUAGGACCCUCAAUUCCAUCUAUUAUAGGUCAUACUCCCCUGCUUUUGUGUUUUUGGGGAACCAGAAAUGAGAGGCCAUGAUCUGAUCAAUACUAUUUUACCAGAUGAGCUCCUGAUUGAGAUUUUCCACCAUCUUGAUGGACAAAAAGAGAGCAGGGAUGCCUGUUCAUUGGUUUGUAAGAGAUGGAGUAGGUUAGAGAGCAUGAGCAGAGAAACAAUAAGAAUUGGAGCUUCAGGUAUACCAGAUUGGUGCAUUUCACUGCUUGUAAAGAGAUUCACGGGCCUUCGUAGUGUGUUUAUCGAUGAGAGGUUGCCUGUUUGUCUACAGUUUCAGACUGGGUUCUCCCAUCGCGGUAAUGGCCUUGUUGGCCGAAUUUCCCGGCACUUUAAACCUAGGAUUACUCGUGGGAGUUCUGAUGUCUUGAGCUUAUUGUCAACACUUCAUUAUGCGCCUGAAAAUAGUGGAUCUGAAGAAGCUGAGCUUGAAUUGUGCAGUCUCUCUGAUGCUGGUCUCACUGCUCUUGCCAGAGGCUCUGCCAGGCUUGAAAAGCUUAGCUUAAUAUGGUGUAAUGCUGUCACUAGUCAAGGGCUGAAAUCAAUUGCAGAAAACUGUAGAGCAUUGAGAGCCCUAGAUUUGCAAGGUUGCUAUGUGGGGGAUCAAGGUCUUGCAGCAGUUGGGGAGUGUUGCAAGCAACUUGAAGACUUGAACUUGCGGUUCUGUGAGGGUUUAACCGACACAGGAUUAACCAAUUUAGUAGCUGGUUGUGGACAAACAUUAAAAUCCCUGGGUGUGGCUACAUGUGCAAGAAUUUCUGAUAUUUCUCUGGAAGCAGUUGGGGCUUACUGCACAUCACUUGAGAGCUUAUCUUUGGAUUCAGAAUUCAUUAAAACCAGUGGCGUGCUUGCUGUAGCUCAAGGAUGCCAAUCUUUGAAGUCCUUGAGACUGCAAUGUAUAAAUGUCACUGAUGAAGCUCUGCAAGCAGUAGGUGCUUAUUGUUUGUCACUGGAAGUCUUGGCGUUAUCCAGCUUCCAGAAAUUCACAGAUCGGAGCCUCUGUGCCAUUGGAAAGGGAUGUAAAAACCUCAAUGUUCUCACUUUGACCGACUGCUAUUUCUUGAGUGACAAGAGUCUUGCUGCAAUUGCUGUUGGCUGCACUGAGCUUACUCAUCUGGAAAUUAACGGUUGCCAUAAUAUUGGAACAUCUGGACUUGAAGCCAUUGGAAGAUCUUGCCAGGGCCUCUCGGAACUGGUUCUUAUGUACUGCCAAAAAAUUGGUGAUAAUGCCCUCUUGGAAAUUGGAAGGGGGUGCAAAUUGCUGCAGGCACUUCACUUAGUUGACUGUUCGAGUAUAGGAGAUGCUGCCAUAUGCAAUAUAGCUCAAGGAUGCAAGAACUUGAAAAAACUUCAUGUGCGUAGAUGCUAUGAGAUUGGUGACAAAGGUAUCAUAGCUGUGGGUGAAAAUUGCAAAUUUUUGACAGAUCUAAGCCUUCGAUUCUGUGAUAGGGUGGGCGAUGAGGCCCUUAUUGCGAUCGGUCGGGGAUGUUCUCUACGGUAUCUCAAUGUCAGUGGUUGCCACCGUAUUGGGGAUGCCGGAGUGAUGGCCAUAGCCAAGGGUUGCCCUGAACUUGUUUAUCUUGAUGUUAGUGUUUGCCGGAAUGUAGGAGACAUGGCCCUCGCUGAAUUAGGGGAAGGGUGUCCCUUACUUAAGGACAUUGUUUUGUCUCACUGUCGAAAAAUAUCUGAUAUAGGUCUUGGGCAUCUUGUAAAGAGAUGUACGAGGCUCGAAUCGUGCCACAUGGUUUAUUGCCCAUCUGUAACAGCUGCUGGUGUGGCCACCGUGGUCUCAAGCUGUCUCAGUAUAAAAAAGGUGGUGGUUGAGAAAUGGAAAGUGAGCCAAAGGACAAGGAGAAGAGCAGCUUCAGUUUUAGCUGACGUUUGCUUGGAGCUCUGAUUACAAUUUAAUGUGCUUCAAGGGGUUGUGAAGUGCCCUUCGUGAUGGAAGGGAAAAUGUGAUCGUUGUAUAUCAUCAUGGGAAACUCUAUGGGUUCGCAUAGUCAUGAUUUACAUCUCUGGUGACUGACAAUGUCACAGACUAACACCAACCAUUCUUGUCAAACCGUAAUUAAUAUGUAGUAUUAUUGUCGGUUUACAGCCAACCAUCUGGUGAAAAGAUUAAACAGAACAGGCAGUUAUCGAUCUCCAUACACAUAAAUGCUGUGUAUGGGGCCCAUAUAAAGCCCACCAUUGUUAGUGGGCUAAGUCACGAUUUAUCAUUUAGCCUCUUAUCUUUAAUCAAUUUGGAAUUUUAUUGGGGCAUUAUUUGUUCAUGAUAUUUGACUCUGUUUUAUUAAUUAGAAGCUUGUUAAUUGUAUGUC